AUGGCUAGAGACAAGUCAACCGGUGGCAAUAUUGCCACUCCAAAUCAAAGUCAAUCAGUACCGGAUGAACCCCGGGGCCGGCGGCAAGAACGACAUCUCCAUUUCGAUACUGGUGCGAGAUCCCAGCCUGAUGGUUCUUCAUCUUCUCCUGGGAAUGGGUUGGCAGCCCCUGCCAUCCCGAAAUGGUCGUUCGGAAUUUUGAAUGAUAAGUCAACGGAGGAAGUCCCCGGAACCGUGCUCCUGCUCUCCUCAUUCCGCAAUGAGCCGUUGGGCCUCGAAACCCGGCAAGAUCAGAGGAGGGAGUCUUCCAUGCCAGCACAAUUACUAUCGCCAAGGAACCCAUCCCAAGGGGACAAGAAAAUGACCAAGGAUGGCGAUAUCAUUCUAGAGCCUCAACCCGAAGACUCCCAAAAUGAUCCCUUAAAUUGGCCUGCAUGGAGGAGAGAUUUGGCUCUUCUCUCUCUCGGUUUCUAUUGCAUGCUUGGAGGUGGCAUCACACCUAUACUGGCUGCUGGUUUCCACGAUGUUGCUGACACCUAUCACGUCACCUACGCACAGGUUGCAUUGACCACAGGUCUUUACAUGAUGGGUCUUGGUGUCGGCAGUGUCUUGUUCUCACCCACUGCUAUUCUGUAUGGAAAGAGACCUGUAUAUCUGGCUUCUGCAGUCAUGUUCAUCUUGACCUCUGUUUGGUGCGCCAUGGCUCCAAGUUAUGCUCAACUAGCCACCGCAAGAGUCUUCCAAGGAAUAUCUGUCAGUCCGGUCGAAUGUCUUCCUUCUGCCACCAUUGCAGAGAUUUUCUUCCUACACGAACGAGCCUUUCGUGUUGGUAUCUAUACCCUUCUUCUACUCGGAGGCAAGAAUUUGAUCCCCUUGGUCAGCGCUGUCAUUAUUCAGGCCAAGGGUUGGAGAUGGGUGUUUUGGGUGGUGACUAUCGUUGCAGCGUUUGGACUCGCUAUCUUAUUUCUUUUCGUCCCGGAGACUUUCUGGGACAGAACUCCAAGACCGAAAUCAAGAGGGUUGACCCAUCGUCGAAGUCUCUCGAGUAUCGCGCGUCAUUCACUACGCCGAUCGAAGACACAUCAAUCCCAGGUUUCAUCCGGCGGUGGAACCGCAGAUGAGAAAUCAGAAAUUACGGCUGUUCCGGAAAUAAACAAUAAUCAACAUGUUGACAAUUUGCCUCCAGAGUUAACCACACCCGCUCCCACUAAAUCCCGUCCGUCACCGGGUGGAUUGGCUCCUUUCGUUCCAUAUACUCCUCACGAUGAUAUACCACACCUUCACAACUUGAAUUCUCCAUACUACACUGAGCUUGAAAAGAAUGAUGACUACCUUGGACAUCAUCAAAGUCCCACCAGCAUGGCUGAUCGAUUGGAGGAUCAGACCCAAAAGGACGAUGCGCCUGAGUAUCGCAGGACUAGUGUUCCCAGUACGAAAGAUCUCCCAAAGAAGGAUACAACCUUUGUACCACCCAAGAUUGUCAGAUAUACCACAAAUCUUCGACAAGCUCCUCCUCAGGGCUAUGUUCAGACACUGAAACCUUGGAACGGCAGACUAUCGAGGUCAAAAUGGUUUCUUGUGGCACUUAGGCCAUUCAUUCUCUUCUCAUAUCCGGCAGUGUUGUGGUCAGCACUCGUAUACUCACUAUCCGUGGGCUGGCUCAUUGUGUUGUCGGAAUCAAUUUCUGACAUCUACCGAGAUAGAGCCUCGUACAACUUUACCGCUUUACAAUCUGGUCUGGUAUAUCUUUCUCCAUUCAUUGGCGGAAUUCUUGGAACGGCUGUGGCUGGCAAAGUUAGUGACAUAAUCGUUCGAUUCAUGGCACGCAGAAAUGGUGGAGUUUACGAACCGGAGUUUCGUCUUAUAAUGGGUGCUCCAAUCGCUAUCACUACUGCCAUGGGACUGGUCGGCUAUGGCUGGUCGGCUGAAGAGCGUGACAACUGGAUCGUACCGACCAUCUUCUUUGGAGUUAUAUCGUUCGGCUGCUCGUUGGGUUCCACCACGUCCAUCACAUUCUGUGUCGACAGCUACCGACAAUUUGCUGGAGAAGCACUCGUGACAUUGAAUUUCAGCAAGAACGUCUUUCACGGUUUGGUUUUCAGCUUGUUCUUUGCUCAAUGGCUUGAACAUGAAGGCCCCAAAAAUACAUUCUUGGUCAUUGGUUGUUUGCAGAUCGCUUGCAUGGUGACGACCAUUCCUAUGUAUAUCUACGGCAAGCGAGCGCGAAUGUGGACAGUGAGAAGGCGCAUGAUGGAGAAAUUCUGA